UCCAGGAGAUAUGGAUGCAAGGAAAGCUAUCGACAAAGAACUUCAUGUCUAUCCUCAAGAUGACGAUAGUUAAUACCUGAGUAAAAUUAGUUCAAUUCCUAGCUGAAUACAGCAGUUCAAACCUGACUUCAUUAUGUAUAAUGCAGGUACUGACAUUAUGGCAGGUGACCCUCUCAGUGGGCUAAAUAUCAGUGAAGAUGGGGUUAUCCAAAGGGACGAAUUAGUUAUCAGGAGUGCUUCUGACAAUAAUGUCCCUCUCUGCAUGGUGUUAUCAGGAGGAUAUCAGAAAUGAAAUGCAGAGUGUAUAGCAAAAUCUAUUCAAAACGUGUUCGAAUUACUUAAUUAAUCUUAAGUUCAAUGUAAAAA